GCGGCGGAGUGGGCCGGAGGUCGGGAGUCCCGGCCGGGUAGUCGUGGGCCGAUUUGGAGGGUGGUGUGGUUCAAUGCUGUCUGACCAAUCUGUCAUGGACUCCACCCUGUCAUAAACAUUCCCUUUGUUCUCUUUGCCUAUUCCCUAACUACAGACAUAUCAAAGAUGGAGGAAACAGAUGCUUUUGAGGUACCUGUCGAAAAAGAAUCUUCAGUUUCAGAAGAAAGUUUCAAUGGUGCAACAAAUUUGGGAGAAAGCUAUAAAAAGGAUGUAACGUUGCAGCAGUCCGAGUCUGAACGUGGGAAGGACACUACAGACAGUGCCCAAAAUAAGGACUAUGAGUCUGCUGAAAAUAAACUUCAGAUUAGUGAAAGUAAAGGAAAGAAUUCAGUCAGCGUGACAAGAAAGAGACCAGAAUCAAAGGCAUCCACUCCUGGGAUAACUGAACAGCAACCCCUAGGGCUUGAUGACAAGCCAAAGGUCGUCUCUGAUCAGGAGGCAGGAAGUUGGGGCUACUGGGGAAAUUGGGGGAAGUCGUUGCUUACUACAGCAACAGCCACAGUUGCAUCUGUUGGUCAUGGCAUUUCCCAUGUGAUUGAAAAAGCUGAGUCCUCUCUUGGUAUUCCUAGCCCUACAGAAGUUUCAGCAGAAGCAAGAUUAUCUGAUGGGAACAAAGCAGGAUUAGAGAAAUCUGAAAAAGGCACUAAAGCUGAAGGUGAAACCUCCUCUCCAACCAGUGGGGCAUUUGGGAUGUUUUCUACCAUUACCAGUGCAGUACAGAACACGGGGAAAACUGUACUAAGUGGUGGUUUGGAUGCUCUUGAGUUCAUUGGUAAAAAAACCAUGGAUGUUAUUGCAGAAGGAGAUCCUGGAUUCAAGAAAACACGAGGCCUAAUGUACAGAACAACCACAUUGUCUCAGGUUCUGCGGGAAGCAAAAGAAAGAGAACAACAACAAACAGCUGAUGAACUUUCUGUAGAUGCAGAAAAGAAGGCUAAUUAUGGAAUUUUGUUUGAUGAAUUUCAAGGUCUGUCCCAUCUGGAAGCUUUGGAGAUUUUGUCCAAUGAAAGUGAAGUAAAGGUUAAAUCAGUGAUUAAUUCUCUGUCUGGAGAAGAUGUUGAAAAACUGAAGGAGGAAUUGGAAACUAUUAAAGAAGCUUUUUCAUUAGUUGAAUUUGAUGAGGAAGAAGAGGAGAAUGAAGGAGAUGAUGGUCUGGAUUUUGUGGAAGAAAUGUCUGAGUUGUUAUCAGAGCUGCAUAUAGCUUGUGACAAUAUCCAUAUGUCUGCUGUCAGAAGUUUGGCGGAGCUCACUGCUCGGUCCAUUGAACAGUUCCAUAAGGUGGCAGAACUAAUUCUUCAUAGCCAGAAUGAAGAUGUGGGGCAUUGGACCGUGCCAGAAACUCUGAUCUUUUUCCUUUACAGAUUGACUGUUGCCUUAUGUAAGGAAGUGGCUAUCCUUUCUAAACAGUUUACAACUUGUUUAACAGCGAUAGGGGCUAAAGAGAAAGUAGAUGUUCUUAAUCCAUUAAUUACUGGAGUAUUUUUGGAGGCCUCCAACAGUGCAACCUACAUUCAGGAUGCAUUCCAGCUCCUACUUCCAGUUCUUCAAAUUUCUCAAAUCCAGACUUGCUUGAACACAACUACGUAAUGACUGGUUUAAUUUACUUUUCCAUGAAAUAAAGAGUUUGUGUGAAUUUUCUCACAAAAGUUCGUCUACUGGUGUGGAUUGUUUUAAGAUGCAUUUUGCAAAGCUCUUAAAAUGUGUUUUUUUUAUGGGAGGGGGCAAGGUAAUGAUCUCUGCACAAAUUGCUUUUCUCUAAAAAUCCAUUUCUAUAAGAAUGUACGAAGGUAUUUGGGUCAUAAACUCCAGUUUGUUAUGUCCAAAUUUCCAUAAACUUGAAUUUUUCUAUGCAUCAAAGAAAGCUUAAUGUUUCUCACAAUUGCUUCCAGAUUGAUUCAUUGAGGAACUAAAAAUUAUAGAAAUAUAAAUAGCAAAGUUAUUUUUCAUUACCAAUCUUUUUACAGAAUGAAAUGUAUAUUGGCUAAUACUACAUGUAAAUCAUAAAAUAAUUCAGAAAAUAUUUAAGUGGAAAUACUGUGCCACAAAUUUUUAAUGUAUUUUACCAGUUAUCACUGGCUGGUCAUUUGACUAAAUGCAACUUUAUGCACUUCUAUUUUUUUUAUACAUACUGCCUCCAAAACUUUCCAAAGGAAUUCACAAACAGCGACCUGUUGACAAGCAGAUUAAUGUGAAUUCUAAGCUUAUGGAGUAUAGUUGAUAAUGGAGCAUUUUCAUUUGUGUAUUUUCUACAUACCACUCCAACUGCACACCAAAGUAAUACACUUUAUACUUAAACACUAUGGCUAGUUCUCUAAAGUAUGCAUUUUGCUAUUUUUAAAAAAACUCUGAGAUAAGAUGAGGUGAUUUCUCAAUUCAAGGGUCUUUAUUUAAGUUUUUAAGAUUUUGUGCUAUAAGCCUAGGGAUAAUAUAUUUCUAAUAUCUAUGUAACCUAUGUCAUAUUACUCACUGCUUGCAAUGGAUGAUGCGGGUGAGAAUAGGAAUGAGUGUUGAAAUUUGUUCUUUUGCAUAAUUAGCAGCAAUCCUUUACCAUUUUAAAGUGUGUUUAACACUUGAACCACAAGCAGCAAUAUGCUCCUCACAUCCAACUGCUCGAGAGAUAUUUUGUUUCUUGUCAUUUAUUUGGGUUUCUAAUUAUAUUUCUUGAAAAUUAAACUAUUUACUAUGCUUAAUUAGGUCCAAUGUCACCUGGAGGAAAUAGGAUAUAGUUUAAUAGUAUUUUCAAUUUUGGGCAUUGGAUAGCCAUUGGAGUAGAGGAAUACAUGUGUAACUUGAGUUCUCAAGUGUUUAGUAUAUUCAUAAUGUCAGUGAUUUCUAGUGAUGUACAGUUCUCAUAAUUAGAUUGGUUAAAACCUGUAAGUUUAUAAUUUAUUAGGCUGUAUUUUGUUUUUCAUGACUUUUGAGAACCUUUUCUUCACAAAUGCCUCCUUUUUAAAAAGUGCAAAUAAUUGCUUAAAUAUUUUUGACCUAUCAAUUUUUUAUGUUAAAAGCUUUAGAAUGAUCCUGUGUAAACCAUCUAUUUGUAAAAGCUUUUUAAGUUUCUGAUUAUUUAUUGGUAAUUUGUGAUUUGUUCACAAACUGGUAAGAUCUAGUUGCUUGUCUAGUUUACUAACCACAAGCUGACAAUGAAACACAUACUCAGAUAAGCCACUAAAUAUAGAAUUUAUUUAUUGAGUCUCACUUAAUCAGUUGUGUAUUAGUUAUAAACGAAAUGAAUUUGGCCUGUCAAUUUAUAUGCCAAUAUCUAUCAGUUGAAUUUGAGUGUCAGAACUAAAUAGGUUUACAGUUAGAGGGGUAAGAUGCCAGAGGCUAAUUGCUUCAGGCCACAAAACUAAUGCUGCACCUAUUUUAAAUGUUAUGUUCUUGCAUCUUUGUAUAUUCAUUAUAAAUUCCCUUGUUCAUAAGUGUAAUAGAAGUUGUCUCUAUGAAACAAGAACUUUGUACUGUCUCUCAAAAACUCAGGAUGACUCCAUUCUUUUCAGCUAAUUAAAUUCUUCAAGUGUUGCCUCUGUGAUUGUCAAUUGAAAUGUGACAAGAUCCCAAAAAUGACAAUGGGAUCAAAUCUCUUUGAGUGAUACUGAUUGAGAGAUAAAUAUUGUUCAGAACUCUCUGGAGAACACCCUAAAUAGUGCCAUGGAACUUUAAUGUCCACCAAAGAGGGUCUGAGUUUAAUAUCUCAACCAAAAGUCACCCCAUUUGACUUUUUAUUGCAUUUUAGAGUCUGUCUAGCAUUAAAUGCUCAUGGUGUGAAAUGUGGCUCGAGUUUGCGACCAUCCUACUCUGGUGGAGUUGCAACCACCCAUUACAUUUCAUGCUGUAAUUACAGUGUCAGUCAUGAUAAAGCAUCAGAUGUGGACCCAGUAAACCCUUAUUGGGUCAUAUCUCCCAAAUUGCCAACUGGUAGUUACUUUUAUUUUCAGUUGACCAGCUUGUUGAAACCCAAAGAUCUGUGAGCAGUUCAUCAGCAAAACAUCCUGUGCUAUGCUGUUGGAAACUUCAGUGAUCCAAGAAUUUUCAGUGCAUUUAGAUCACUGAGGAUUGAAAUGCAUCUGACUGGAGAAAGGAAUGGUAUCUUGGGAUCAGUCUUGGACUUGAAGGUUACGUCCAGGAAUGGGAGCUGACGUCAGGGAAGGAAUACAAUGGUGACCUUUGGUUCUAUAGUUGGUGGGGGAUGUCAGUGGAUUUUUAAGCAUAAUAGACUGCAAAGUAAUGUUUUUAUAUCCUUCCUCCCAGGUGACUGACAUGAAAACAUUUAAUGACUCUCAGCUGUGACCUUAUUCAGGGUAGGAAGAGUGAUUGAGGCCCUGCCCCAUGCCAAAUAAGGUCAGCAUGGAGCAAAGCAUUUCUCUGUCACUCACCAGGGAAGACCAAACACAUGGCACCAGAGCAGAGGUGGUUUGUCAUGACCUCUCGUGCAACCCCUGUGCCCCAUCCCAAGCCCCUGGGCACUGAUGCUUGAUUCAACAGUGCAGCUUGCCAGAGCCCAGCCCACUAGAUUGUGGGUCAAUCAUGGGGAAGCAUCCAGUCCAAUGAAUAAAACUGGUGACUAUAGAUUGUUAAUAAUAUAAACAUGAUUUUAAAAUGUGCUGUUAUUUGCUUUCAUCACUUGUAAUUUACAUUGUUUGAUCAUUAAAAUGGAGAUAUAUUGAG